AUGUCUCUAGGAGGCAAAGCCCCUCCCAUCGAGGAAAAACUGGGCUCCAGUAUUGGGGGCGGGGUGGUCAGGGGAGGGGCCGCUGAGCAGCUGUCCUGCACCCCUUCCUUGCAGGGAGAAGCAGGGGCCAGGCCCCCCGUGCACGCCGCCCCCAUGCUGUUCCUGAGCCUCCUGGUGCUCCUGCAGCUGAGCCUGGCGGGCUCCCUAGCCUCUGGGACCCCCGCCCGGAACCCGCCCGAGAACCGCUUGGAGCGCCCAGGCCCUGCCCUGUGGACACCUCAAGCCAGCCACCACCGACGGCGGGGGCUGGGCAAGAAGGAUCGGGGCCCAGGCUUGCCGGGCCGCCGGGCCCAGGAUGGGGUUGUGGUCACCACCGCUAGGCAGGCCUCCAGGUUGCCGGGGGCUGGGCGGCCGCUGCCCGAACUGAGUCCUGCAGCCCUGAUGCAGAGCAGGGAGCGGCUCCUGGGCCUGGCGCCGCCCUCCUCGGGGAAGGAGAGCCAAGCUCCAGCGUGGGAGAGCGCGAAGAAACGCGGCCGAGAGCACAAGAGGCGCCGGGGCCGGCUGAGACUGCACAGAGGUCGAGCCUUGGUCCGAGGCCCCAGCUCCCUGAUGAAGAAGGUGGAACUCCCCGAAGACCAAGCCUUGGAUGCCAGCAUGGAGGACUCCUCCACCAGCCUGGCCCCCACCAUGCUCUUCCUGGCCACCCUGGAGGCAGCGCCUGCCACCGAGGAGUCCCUCGUCCUACCCGUGACCUCGCUGCGGCCCCAGGUGCAGCCCCGGCCGGACGGGGAGGUGAUGCCCACGCUGGACAUGGCCUUGUUCGACUGGACCGAUUAUGAGGACUUAAAACCUGAGGUCUGGCCCUCCGCAGAGAAGAGAGAGAAGCACUGGAGCACGCUCUCCGGUUAUGGCAAUGCGACGGCGCCGGCCGAAGGGGAGCCAUGCAAACAUCAUCAGGACUGCCUGCCAGGGACCUGCUGCGACCUGAGGGAGCGCGUGUGCACCCCGCACAACCGGGGCCUCAACAACAAAUGCUUUGAUGACUGCAUGUGCGUGGAAGGGCUGCGCUGCUACGCCAAAUUCCACCGGAACCGCAGGGUCACGCGGAGGAAGGGGCGCUGCGUGGAGCCCGAGACGGCCGACAGCGACCAGGGCUCCUUCAUCAACGUCUAGCGGCCCGCAGCCGCCUGGAGACUGAGCCCGGGAGGCUUGGAGAAGCCGGGCUAUUUGUGAAUAACUUGGCAGUGAGAGAGAUACUGGGCCUGGGCCGCAGGACACUCGGGCCCCUGCGAACCUGCACCUGCACAGCCCGCGAUGGCCGGAUCGAGGGUGCCCUCUACCGUCCGACAGCAGCACUGCAACAGCAGAGCGGCAGGGGCCCCCCUGAGAGGCGGGGACCCCGGGGUGGGCCCCGGGCGCUGUGCUCAGCACUCGGCGGCCUCAGUCGCUCUGAUGAUCACGACGAGCUUUUCAAGCCGGUUCACAGAUGUGCACACGGAGGCACGGUGGAGUUCUGUGGCUCCUCGCCCGAGAUGCGGUUGAAAUGCAGGUUGGAUUCAGUGGCUGGCAGGACAAGGCCACGACCGUGGGCCCAGGCUGUGGAGCGCCACGGCCCCGUUCUCGCCCCUCCACAGGGAGACCCCAAAUGUCCCCUCUCCCGUGGAAACUGACUGCUCUCCACUUUCCCUGGACAGAAGUGGAUCACCUUUGAAAACAGAAUGAAAUGUACAUUAAGCAUGUGCUUGCUUGUAUGGCUAUGGAAUAAUUUAGGCAGAUGGGUCUGAAAUUCUGAGCUAUGGACUGU